AUGGCCACCGCAUUCACGCCCUGCCAUGUGGGUAAGAACUGUCACCCGGAGUGUGAGGCCGCCAUCAACAACCAGGUCAACUUGCAGCUGCACGCCUCCUAUGUGUACAUGUCCAUGGCCUGCUACUUCGACCGUGGAGAUGUGGCAUUGAAGCACUUCAGCCUGUUCUUCCUUCGGCAGUCAAACAAGGAGAGGGAGCACGCAGAUUAUCUGUUGGGGCUGCAGAACCGGUGUGGCAGCAAGCCCCGCCUGUGGAACAUCCCCAGGCCUGAGGAAGAGAACUGGGAGAAUGGCCUGAGGGUCCUGGAGUGCGCCUUGCAGCUGGCGGAGAGAGUGCAGCAGAGCCUGCUGAGUCUGCAACAGCUGGCCACCGAGAAGCACGGCCAGGUCUAUCACUUCCUGGAGGGUGGCUACCUGCAUGAGCAAGUGGUGUUCAUCCAAGAGUUGGGGGACCACAUCACCAACCUGCGCAAGCUGGGGACCCCGAAAGAUAGCCUGGCAGAGGCCCUCUUUGACAAGCUCACUUUGGGUGACAGUGAGAACUGA